AUGUCAGCUAGUAUAAUGCUCCACCUGUACACUCACACAUUGUACAGUACACUAUUGUCGUUCUUUUAUCGAUGCUAUGUGUUGAAUUAUCGUACACCUUCUAUGAAUAAGCUGAAAUUGAUUAUUCUACUUAUUUAUCUUCCAUCCUUCGCUCAAAUGGUGCAACAUUCAGCGAGGCCAAUCCAAGAAGUAAAUACGCUCAAAGCAAUCACAUCAGCACCACCUCUUUUUAAUCGACUUUUAUUUCUAAUACAAAGCUGCUCCAGAUGCUAUUUAGCUUCGCCAUGA